UCUUUUGGGAGUUGCUUUUGAGAAAAAGUGCUUGUGCUUCUAAAAUGGCUUCUCUCACACUAAAGCAUUUCGUUUUUGUGGUUGCUCUCUUCUGCAUGGCUAAUUUCUCGUGCAAAGCUCAAGAUCCUGUUCAAAUCGUGGCAAGAGCCGCACUUUGCUUUGAUAAUCAUACUGUCACUCUUGCUUGUCUCGACGCGAUGGGGAUACACCUAAACGGCACCAAGAAGAACUCCACGAAGAGCGGUUCGAUGGGGGAAUUGGUUCCGAGCAAGAAGAAUUCGACGGCGAAUGCCACCUCGAUUUUAUGCAACACGCCGUGCUUCGGUCAGAUGAUGCUCGUGAUGAACUGUGUUGACGGCAUCCUCUCAAACUUCCAGGGCUACAACUCCGGGCUCAUGCAGGGCGUCCGCGCCAUUUUCCAGAUGUCAUGUGGCAUCGGAAACAAUGGCACCGCCGCCGCUCCUACUGCUCCUAACACCGGCGGUUCACUCGCGAAGUCGGGAAAGAAGAUCUCCGGUGACUCCGGAAACACGACGGCCGCGACGAACAACGCGAAUGGAGUUCUCCUCCCAAGCUACAUGUGGAUUGCAUUGAUGCUCUUCAACACUGCUUUGGUGCUGUGGUGUUACUAGAAGAAACACGAACUUAGAAUAUAUAUAUAUAUAAUAAUAUUUAUUUGAACUUCAAAAAGUACACAUCAUACCUAAGCUAUAUAUAGCGUAUUUUGAAGUAGUUAUUUGAACUUCAAAAAGUACAUGAUUUUACUACCUUACCUUGUAAUAUCUCAUCGAAUGCCAAAAUAUUGAUCUCAUUGAAAAUUGGAAUAUUAUUUCAUAAACUGUGUUACAAAUAUUACAAGGUGAGAUAUAGAACCAAAUGUUUCAAAGCUAAUACAACUAUUUUCGAACUAUCGGAAGGUGAAAAAAAAAAGAAAAAGAAAAAACUUUUUAAAGUUCGGAUAUCUAAUUCAAAAUGGGUAUGUUCGUGUAUUAAGAUUGUACGCUAGCAUAUAUGUACCAUAGCAUGCUUAAAUGAAGCCUCCUGAUAUAUUGCUUUUUAUUAUUAUUAA